CCUUACUUGGUAGUCAGUUGCAUCAACCAACAAGUCCCCAUUUCCCCUCACCACAUUUUGGCUCUUUCUCAGAGAAGAGAGAAAAACGAAAAGAAAAUGUCUUCUUGGGAAAAGCCAAUAAUACGAGUUCAACAAAGGCGUAAGACGCCAUCGUUUUCUUCCUCUUUAUUGGAAUCUAUUUAUCAUUCAAUUGACGAAUCCAAAGAAGAAGAAGAAAAACAUCAACAAGUCCCAAAUAGAAAGAGCAACAACAAGGAAGAAGAAAUUGUAAGCCUUCGACGUGCAAUAUUGAUUGAGAAAUGGAUGGAAAGUUACAAAUAUAGUCAAAGUUCAGGACACUUCAGUUCAGAUUCAUCUUCAUCAGCAGAGUCAAGCAUGUUUUCAUCUUCAGAAACAGAGUCAAGAUCCAUCAAUACAUUGCCAAAAACAACAACACAAGUCCGAAGACCAGACAGGGUUGUUACAUUCUCUACAGAGACUAAAACUCCAAAAUGUGAAGGAGGAGGAAGGUUCAUGAGGACAAAAUCAAGAGCCUUGAAGAUGGUGAAACAACCUAUUUCACCAGGUGGGAAAAUAGCAAACUUUCUAAAUUCGAUAUUCAAUUCGAAAAACAUCAAGAAAAACCAUCAAGAGGACUGGAGUUCAGUCAGGAAAUCAAGAUCAGUGAAUGAUUCAACUACUAUGACAACAUCAUCUUGCUUAAACAAAACCCCUUCCUCGACUUCGAUAAGUAAUAAAUCGAAAAGAUCAGUGAGAUUUUGCCCUGUUACUGUAAUUGUUGAUGAAGAUAGUCAACCAUGUGGUCACAAAAGCAUAUACAGGAAUGAAGAACCAAAGCAUCAAUACAGAGGAUUUUACCAAGACGAAGAUGAAGAUGAUGGUAGGAGUUGUGCAAGUUCUGAUCUUUUUGAACUUGAAAACAUAAGCAUGAUUGGUCAUGUUCAUGCAAAUAGAGAUGGUUUACCUGUCUAUGGAACUACUAGUUUUAAAAUGAAUCAAGCUAUUGCUAGGGGCUUACUUAUAUGAUCAUGUAACAUUUCAUUAGAGCAUCAUCAAUGUUAAACACUUCAAAAUUUGAGUGAUUACUUUUUUGUCUUCUUGUACUA